CGCCAUGUUUUGAUUCAUAGAGGGAGCCGGUGACGUCACGAGGUACCUGUCAUAUCAGAGGCUGCAGAAGUGAAAAGAUCCAAAUCAUCGUUCAGAAGUCCUCUGUCAAGCACUGAGCACGAUGUCUGUCCCUGUGCUGAUAGACUGACUGAGGCUGCCAGGUGUUUGUUCAGAGACUAGACAUCCAGACAGAGACGGAUGUACGGUGAUAAUGCACCGAGGGAUGGUAAAUGUCUCUCUUUGGCCUGGAUCCGCAGCUGAGAUGAUGAAAUGUACUUGAGGCUGGUAGAGAAAGCUUUAAGACGAGUACCAGACAUCUAACGUGAAAUGUUUCCAGGGUCUAGCCCUCUUUGUACUUCCCUUCCCCAUAUUCUCCAAUCCAUGGAAAUAAAGAAAAGGGUUAGCAGAAGCAAGAAGAGCAAGUUUAAUUAAAUUAAACUGAAAUUUUAAACAUCUGGCAUUCAACUGGCUUACUGGAGAUGAGCGAGGAGAUCAAAUCCACAUCUACGACAGAGGCUCGUGAUGUUUGUGAAAACAAUGGCCAGCUGGAAUCAGGUUUUCCUCCCCUGAGACCACGAUCCAUUUCAAAUAUUUUUUAGAGUUGGCUGACUGUAUACAGACAGAUUUAAAGUACAUCCAGCAGUAUUAGAGUAUAUCACAAGUCCCCAAAAGACUGUAGACGCAAGGAUCCAAUCAAUAAAAGCUUUAUUAUGACUCUAAUCAAAGAGGAUAGGAUCAUAAAAACACAAACAAAAUCUCCCAUUUAGCUCAUGCACUUCAAGCAACUUGUUUUAGAAUUUAAUACCAUACAUUAUACCUUUUUUGUCAUUUCUUUGUUUACACAGUUUUCAACAUGUGUUAGUGCCAUUAAAAUGUAUUACACAGGGGACACUCCCACACACUUAAAAAUAGUCCUUACUCUGUGCCACCUUCUCAGCAGUGGAGUACAAAGACCCUCCCCUUUGCUUUAAAAGCUGUGGCUGUGGCAACAGAACCAUCUCACCUCUGCUGAGAUUUUGCUUCAACAUCUGGAUUUGUCCAUCAUUCUGUUGGAUUGUUAAAAUAAUAAUCACGGAAAAAUCUGUGAUACUCGUAUUGAUUCGCAAGAGGAAUCUCAAUCCUUUCUUCAGAGGCACAGCUUUUCCUGAGGUGUGUCCCAUCCUGAAGCACUGAUGAUGGCUGUGUGGGCCGGAGCAGCGGCUCUGUCUCUGGUCCUGCAACAGCUGGUGCUCACAGUCUCAGCUCAAGGCAUUGUCUACGACCUGCUGGAUUCUCCAGACUGCCUGCCAGACUUGCUCCAAGGAAGCCUGAAGAACAAAGGGCGAGACGAAGCUUUCCUCCUCUCUUCCUUCAGACUCCAGAACAAGGCCCCCACCUCCCUCUACAGUGUAAUCAACCCCAGAGACAACACCAAGUAUCUGGAGUUCAGCGUGCAGGCCAAACUGAGCAAGGUGACCCUUCGUUAUCAGAAAACUGACAGCAGAUUUGGCACAACCAGUUUCAACCACGCCUCCCUGGCAGAUGGUCGAGAUCACCAUGUGAUGCUACACGCCAGCGGCCUACAGCGCGGCCCGCCCCGCCUCAACAUCUACAUAGACUGCAGGCUGGUGCACACUUUGGAUGAUCUGCCAGCUGCAUUUGGGUCACUUCCAGCUGGUCCCAACAAAGUGGCACUUAGGACCCUGCAGUCGACUGGACAGAAUCAACUGACUGACUUGAAGUUGGUGAUAGAGGACACCAUUGACAAUGUGGCCACUCUGCAGGAGUGUCACACGGAUCAGGGUGAAUCUCUGCAGGUGCUAGGUAUACAGGGAGGCAGAAUGGCACAUGACCAGGCCACCAUGGUGGAGCUGAAGAGCAUGUUGUCUGAGAUGAAGGAGCUGCUCCACCAGCAGAUUAAGGAGACAACUUUUCUGAGGAACACCAUUGCAGAAUGUCUAGCCUGUGGUCUCAUAGGCAAUCCGACCAACCCAGGUCCAGGUCCAGGUCCAGGUCCUCGCCCUGAGACGUUUCGGCCUUCGCCUCCGCUUCCGCCUCAGCCUCAGCCUCAGAUUUCGUGUGCACCCGGGACCUGUUUCAGACAGAGCAUGUGCAUCCCUACAGAUUCAGGGGAUUUCCAGUGUGCCCCCUGUCCAGAUGGCUAUACAGGAGACGGGGUACACUGUGAUGACGUAGAUGAGUGCGUUUUCAGCCCAUGUUUCCCUGGUGUCCGGUGUGUAAACACUGCUCCUGGUUUUCACUGCGCUCAAUGCCCUCUGGGAUACACCGGACCAGAGUUAAAUGGAGUGGGAGUGGCAUAUGCUAAGUCACACAAACAGGUGUGUGACGAUAUAGAUGAGUGUCUGGGCCCGCCUGAGAAUGGAGGUUGCACUGCCAACUCAAACUGCUACAACACUAUGGGUUCCUUCCGCUGUGGCGAGUGUAAAACUGGCUUCACAGGUGACCAAGUGAGAGGGUGCCAAGGAACUCGGCUGUGCUCCAACGGCCAACCCAACCCCUGUGACGCCAAUGCCGAGUGUAUCGUGGAGAGAGACGGCAGCAUUAGCUGCAUGUGUGGCGUUGGUUGGGCUGGUAACGGCUACGUGUGUGGAAAGGACACGGAUAUUGACGCCUAUCCCGAUACUACACUCCAGUGCAGAGACGACCAGUGUAAGCAGGAUAACUGCAAGUUUGUGCCAAACUCCGGCCAAGAGGAUGCAGACAGGGACGGCUUGGGUGACUCCUGUGAUGAUGAUGCAGACAGCGAUGGCAUUGCUAACAUAGAUGACAACUGCUGGCUCGUUCCUAAUGUGGACCAAAAGAACAGCGAUAAGGAUCUCCAUGGUGACGCCUGUGAUAACUGCAGAACAGUCGACAAUCCCUCGCAGAGGGAUACCGAUAAAGACGGGCUGGGAGAUGACUGUGACGAUGAUAUGGACGGGGACGGAUUGAAGAAUUUUCUUGACAACUGCCAGCGAGUGCCGAACCCAGAUCAAAAAGACAGAGACAGUGAUGGGGUGGGAGAUGCCUGCGACAGCUGCCCUGAUAUGGUCAACCCCAACCAGUCUGACUCGGACGAUGACCUUGUAGGAGACACCUGUGAUGACAACAUAGACAGUGAUGGUGACGGCCACCAGAACACUAAUGACAACUGUCCCACUGUCAUCAACUCCUCUCAGCUGGACACCGACAAGGAUGGAAUGGGAGAUGAAUGUGAUGAUGAUGACGAUAACGACGGCAUAGUGGACGAUGUAGACAACUGCAGACUAGUUGUCAACGUAGACCAAAUAGACACAGACAAGAACGGUGUUGGAGACGCGUGCGAAGGAGACUUUGACAAAGACAAUGUCAUCGAUAGAAUCGACCACUGCCCAGAGAACGCUGAGGUCACCCUCACUGACUUCAGAGCUUACCAGACCGUAGUGCUGGACCCAGAGGGGGACUCUCAGAUUGACCCCAACUGGGUGGUCCUCAAUCAGGGCAUGGAGAUAGUUCAGACCAUGAACUCUGACCCCGGCCUUGCUGUAGGCUACACAGCGUUCAGUGGAGUCGACUUUGAGGGAACAUUUCACGUGAACACAGUGACAGACGAUGACUAUGCUGGCUUCAUCUUCGGCUACCAGGACUCGUCGUCCUUCUACGUGGUGAUGUGGAAACAGACGGAACAAACGUACUGGCAGGCUGCGCCCUUCAGAGCAGUUGCUGAGCCGGGAAUACAGCUCAAGGUUGUGAAGUCCAAGACUGGUCCUGGUGAGUAUCUGAGGAACUCCCUCUGGCACACAGGAGACACCGCUGAGCAGGUCCGUCUCCUGUGGAAGGACCCCAGGAAUGUUGGCUGGAAGGACAAGGUCUCCUACCGCUGGUUCCUUCAGCACAGACCUCAGGUUGGAUACAUCAGAGCUCGAUUCUUUGAGGGCUCGGACCUGGUGGCGGACACAGGGGUGAUAAUAGACACAAGCAUGAGAGGCGGGAGACUGGGUGUGUUCUGCUUCUCGCAGGAAAACAUAAUCUGGUCCAACCUGAAGUACCGCUGCAAUGACACUAUUCCUGCUGACUACGAGGAUCUCAACGCCCAGAGCACACAGUGAAGCUGCAGAAGGAGUGUGAUCCAUCAAGGAAACAACCUCAGCCCUGAAGAGUAUGUGGGUGAAAGGAGCAGAGCUGCACCGCUUAGAGCAAACAGGUAGAGGACGUGAAUUAGAGAGAUACAGAUGAAUGUGAGAGGGAACAUAAUGAGCAGUAUUUUAAAAAGACUUUGGUUAUUGUAUUUUAACGUUGUCUUUCAAAUGAGAGGGUCUUCACGAAGCUUAAUAAUGGGCAUUAUAUAUUUCAAUUUAGUGUAACCGAAGUCAGUACAUUCUUGUAUAAAUCUUAAGCCGGGUUCUUUGUAUGUCGAUGCAAUAUCACCUGAGAUGUUUUCAGUAUUUUAUGAGAACUGUUGCUUUUUCUGAAUAUUUUGUCAAGUAAAAUAAAAUCCUGAGCAUUUCACAAAA